AUGCCACUCCAGUCAGCCGCGUUCGUGCGCCACAAGCUGUGUGUGGAUUUCGCCAGCCUGAAGCACGCUUGUCCGAAGGGCAUCUACGUGGCACCGGUUCAAGAUGAGCCUCUGGUAUGGACGGGCGUGCUGUUCGUUCGCAAAGGACCAUAUGCGAAUGCCGUCCUCCGAUUCCAAAUUGACUUCGCACACGACUAUCCGCAGCGCCCACCAGUCGUGACGUUCCAGAGUGACCUCUUCCACCCACUUGUGACACCGCUCACCACGUACACCCACUCCACCAUUAGCACAGACACCCAGAGCGCGGUUGAUGAGCAGCGGUUGCCACCGGGUGGGCUCAGCCUGCGUCAUGGCUUCCCCGAGUGGUUUGCUCCUGCAGGUGGGGUUGCAAUAGAGGCAGAGGUGGGACAGACACAGAACCGCCCAACGGAACACGAUGAUGAGCAAGAACAACACAAGGAUGCCAAGAGGAAGGACCAGCGGACACCGCAUGUCGUUGAGCUUCUACACUACGUUCGUGUCGUCUUCGACACCGAGGACGUCCUCGACGCCAUCCCACUCAAUGCCGCUGCGAACACUGGUGCGUGGCAUGCGUGGAAGAGCUACCGCACGAAGGCGCCCGCAGCAGGUAGAGGCGUGUCGGUCGCACGCUCACUUGGUGAUGGCAAAGCUACGAGCGUUGAGCGCAGCGUGUCUCCUCGGCAGCAACCUGGCGGUGCACGACGUCCUGGCGAGUGGAAUUGGCAAGGUGUGUGGGAAGAGCGUGUGAGGCGAAGCGUGCAGACGACUCUUGCAGAGCCAGUACUAUUCGGUGGAGACAGCGACGAUGUGAUCAGUUUCCUGAAGAUGGAUCAGGAGGCAGUCAACCAGAUCUCACCCAUGAGGCAGGAAGCUACGGCAGUAACACUCUCGUAG